AUGUUGAUUCUAUUAUUAGUACUCUUGCCAUGUGUGUUAGCCAAUGAUAUUUCCAAGUAUUGUUAUUCUAGACACCCAUUCUCGGGCUAUAAGUUUCAAUUGGAGAUUUCCCCUAACAAAUCAAACUAUACAUUGAUUUAUUGUCGAGAUAACAAAUUUAUUUAUAGAUCAACUGUCAAAUCCUUAUCUGAACCAUUCCGAAUCGGCGGGAACAAUUUGACGAUAACGAAAUUUUCCAGUAACUUUCUUCCCAAUAAAUUACUGGGAAAUUUGUUACUCAAUGGGGAAUUUUUAUGUCCUUUAUUAUCAGACAAUCUUAUGAAUUCAUGGUUGGAGAUUAAUACCAGGAGUUUGCAUAUCCCUUUGUUAACUUCACCUCCAAUCAAUAGUAAAUAUUACCCUGUUUGA